AUGGAGACCGUCAAGAACGCCGCCAACUACGUUACCGAGACCGUCCAGAGCGCUACCUCUGGCGCCUCUAAGGAGGCCAACAAGGAGGUCGCCAAGGACUCCGAUGCCAAGCUGAGCACUCGCGCCAACGCGGCCGUCGACGCCAUCGGUGACAAGGCUGACGAGCACAAGCACGAUGCCAAGGCCGAUGUCAACAAGGAGGCUGCUAAGCACUAA